CAUAUCUACUACUACCCAUUUUGAAUUGUAGCCAUAUGUGCCUAUGCCUCUCGUUUUUGGUCCAGCACCGGCGCUGACGCGAACCCAACUCACAAAAGAAAACCAUAUAUUUUUUAUUCAUUGUCUGAAUCUCCUUAUUGGGGGAUGAGAGAGGUGAGAGAGUAGUUGAGUACGAGCUCCAAUCCAACUGGGUGGUCUAGUCCGCUUUAAAAUCCAGCUCUACAGCGAAGAUUUGUGUAUAGUGUCCCGAUUGUCUAUGUAAUCUGCGUGUUAUACGGCGACCCAUUUAGUUGCAGCAGGAACUGAUCGCCAUUUCAGUGUUAAAAACGCUCUUGUUUCAGGUAUUGGAACUUGGGUUUUUUGUGUCUUGUGUAUUUCUUUCUGGGUUUGUUUGAUAAUGUUGGGAGGAUUUUGGAACUUGUUGAUACGGUUCCAAUCAUUGGCUUCCUAGGUUCUUGGGGUUCGUUUAGGUCUGGUCUGGAAUUGGAUUUGAAGAGUCCAUUAAUUUGGGGAAAGUUGGAUGGAUGGGUCAAACUCUCCGACAUGCCACUGAGAGCUCACUAGGAUGAGCUGCAAUGGGAAAGCUCAGCUCGGUGUAGAUUUGGAGCUCUGGUCUGUAAUAGUGGCAUUGGGAAUCUGGGGUUUGUGAGAUUUCUCUUUUCAUGGCUUCUAUUAGAAGAACCUUGUCCCCUGUUCCUCGACCGGGAGCUUCCAUGAAUGGAGAAGCGUGUUCAGUAGGUUCUCCCCUGUGCAGGUCUUCAUUAUCUCCUCAAACCUACCCUCAAUCUACUGGACUGCACGACUCCCUGUUCAACUCAUUGAAGACCCAAGCAGCCACUCUUGGUAUCUACUCACCAAGGUCUUCUAGACCAAUAGACAAAUCUAAAUCAAAGGUACCAGUUUGGAAGAGGGCUAUGUUCCAUUUCUUUAUGUGCUUUGUCAUUGGGUUUCUUGCUGGAUUUACCCCUUUUGCAUCUUCCAACUUAUCCAUGAAUGUCAUGUCAGAAUAUCAAGCUUUCCAGUUUGAUAGGAUCUCCACUGAUGAGAAUUCUGUGCCUCAGAAUAGUUCUAGCAGCACCAACACUAAGAGUAGCCCCACACAAUCAGAGGUGCUAAUGCAUAAUAACGUUUCUUAUGAUAAUUUGGAUAGCCUCGUAAUUGCUCGAGAAUUAGAGCCUCGAAAGCUACUGAUUAUUGUGACCUCGACGUCUGCUCAUCCGCUCCAGUCCUAUUAUCUUAAUCGAUUGGCGCAUACGUUAAAGUUGGUCCAACCGCCUCUUCUAUGGAUAGUUGUGGAGAUGUUCUCCCAAUCAGAUGAAACAGCUGCUGUACUGAGGAGUACUGGGAUUAUGUAUAGACAUAUUGUUUGCAAUAAAAACUUAACUGAUAUGAGAGAUGGAAGAGUUCAUCAAAGAAAUCUAGCCCUGUCUCACAUUGAAACACACCGCCUUGAUGGAAUCGUUUACUUUGCAGAUGAGAAUAACGUCUAUUUGGUUGAUCUAUUCGAACAAAUGAGGGAGAUCAGACGAUUCGGAACUUGGCCAGUGGCGAAACUCUUAGGGGGUGCUAGUAGAUCCAUUCUGGAAGGCCCCAUUUGCAAUGGAAGUCUUGUAAUUGGAUGGCACGUAUAUGAGUCAAGUAUGAGACUUCGUAGGUUUCAUGCUGAAAUAUCAGGCUUUGCUUUCAAUAGCACCAUACUCUGGGAUCCAGAGAGGUGGCGUCGACGCACUUUAGAACCUGUUAGGCAGCUCGAUACCAUCAGAGAUGGCCUCCAAGCAAGCGACUUCAUCGAGCAAAUUGUGGAAGACGAAAGCCAAAUGGAAGGUUUACUGGAAGACUGCUCGAGAAUCAUGGUCUGGAACAUCAAUUUUAAACCGUCAAGUGCAGUUUAUCCUCACAAAUGGCUCAUGAAGAACAUUCUCGACGUCACGGCUUCACUUACAUGAGAUUCAAGAUCUGAAAGGAAGAAAAGGCUACACAAUAGCACGCCCCCUCGAUCAGCUCAGAUGGCCUUCCAUUGUCCACCAUUAUUUUUCAAAUUGUUUCUCCUGCUUCGGAUUGUUUGGCAUUGUUGGUGAGCGAUACGAACGGUGCGCUUACUGCUAGCAUUUCUCAGAUAUAUUGACUGAACAUUCACUUUAUGUAGCUACUGCAAGCUUUUACUCUGUCCAAAUGGCGAAGCUUAUGGAGGGAAGUCCUGUAGUUUCAUUCAAAUAUUGAUGUCCUUUUCUUAUAAAGAACUUUUGUUGAUUCCAUAUUGUACAGAAGGACCCAGCUGCUGAGAUUGUAAUUGCCAAACCAUCCUUGAACUGGCUUUUGAGUUCAUUUCUUUUUCAUUGCAAAAGUCACCAAUUUUGAAUCA